AACGUAUUCAUGCAAAUUAUUCUCGUAGGUAUAAGCACGCUAGCGUAGAGGCGCGUACCGCGUAUCGCGUAGUGGCGUUGCUACGGCGUGCGGCGUGCAUGGUGUCGCAUACAGCGGCGCAGAUAGCGUGCGUGCUGACGAAGGUCCACCGGUUGCUCGCGAGGAGGGUCGCUCGGGCCCGCGAGCUCGCUCAGUACCGCUCCAAGUUGGCAGGCAAAGUUUGUGCGGCGUGGAUCGCCACCCGCCACCCCAUCGAUCGAAGUGGCGGCGCGCGCACCUCCCUGUGCUGAUAUAUACCGCGCGCCGCGACUGCGACCCUCACAACGCAAGAGGACGCGCGCGAACGCCUGUCACGCCGCUCGCCCGGGGCUCCGCUCUUCUCUUUUCUCUCUUUUUCUCUGUUCGUCUGUUUCUCGCUGAUGCGGUCGCGCUGAGGCCGAUGCGGGCACCGCCAUGCCGCGCUGCCUCAUGGCCAAGAAGUGGAAGGCGGCUCCGACGACCGAGCUCGCCGAUGAGUCGGACGAGGAGAUCGACGUGGUCGGUGAGGGGCGCGGCCGGAGCCCCGCGCCCGCCGCCACCGCGCCGGGCCCGUCGCCGCGCGACCCCGAGCCCACGCUGCUGUACAACGGGUACACCGAGGAGCAGCCUUCCACUCAGUUCACGGCCCAGCUGCCGGGCGAGGUGAGCGCGGCCCCGCCCGGCCCCGCGCAACCUCCGCCUGUCUCCUACGCACUUCUGCAUCUCUCCUCCGACUCCACCGAUACGCCUUUCCUCCAAGUACAGCUCCAAUCUUCGCCUGUCUCCCCUCCUCCGCCACCGGCGAGCGGCAAAUCCAACUUGUGUUACUCCAGCACGGGAACUCUUCUGUCUCUACCGCCCAAGAAGAAGGACAUCUACCGCCCCUACUGCCUGGGCGACCGUGCAUUUCUCAACAGGGCCGAGGAGGACCUCAAUGCAGCGCACGCUAUUCUCGACUUAAGCCAACACGCAGUUUUCCUGAGCACCCCGCCCCGCCCCGAGCCCGCGCCCCCCGAGCAGCCGGCGCCGCCGCCCGAGCCGCCGCAGGAGCCGCCGCAGGAGCCGCCGCAGGAGCCCGAGCGGCCGCGCGAGACGGUCGCGUACACGUACGACGCGUUCAUCGUGAGCGACGGGCGCUCCAAGCGGCGCAACUACGCCAGCGCGCCGGUGGAGAGCGCGCAGCAGCCCGACCACAAGGCCAAGUACACGUGCAGCGAGUGCGGCAAGCGCUACGCCACGUCGUCCAACCUGUCGCGCCACAAGCAGACGCACCGCAGCCUGGACUCGGUGUCGGCCAAGCGCUGCAGCGAGUGCGGCAAGGCGUACGUGUCCAUGCCGGCGCUGGCCAUGCACUUGCUGACGCACCAGCUGGCGCACGUGUGCGGCGUGUGCGGCAAGCUGUUCUCGCGCCCGUGGCUGCUGCAGGGCCACCUGCGCUCGCACACCGGCGAGAAGCCGUACGGCUGCGCGCACUGCGGCAAGGCGUUCGCGGACCGCUCCAACCUGCGCGCGCACAUGCAGACGCACUCCGUCGACAAGAACUUCGAGUGUCUGCGCUGCCACAAGACGUUCGCCCUCAAGAGCUACCUCAACAAACACCAAGAGUCGGCUUGCGUGCGCGACGACGACUCGCCGCCGCCAGAGCCGCAGCCGCAGACGCAACCGCCGACCGCGUGCGGCUAGCGGCGCCGCGACGACCGCAACCAGGGACCGUAAUCACUGUUGUAACAUUUACAUAUAAACGUAAAGUAUUAAUGUGAAUUUAGUUUACUAGUGUAACUAUUAUAAAUAUACAAAUUCUAAAAUAGGUAGAUGAGCGCGACCGGCGGCGGAGUUAACCCGUCGCCGCGUCGUAGCGCAAUCGAGCAACGUUUCGCAAACAACGAAUCACGUAAGACCCCGUAGAGCCGCGGACGCGGCUGUAGGCCGCGGCGACGAUCGUCCUAAUAACGUUAAACAUUGAAUUAUGUAUAUACAUGUCGAUAAAAUAUACCCUUAUAUACAUAGAAGUAAUAAAAUACGAAUGAAACUAAUAUCUUUUGUAGGUGAUUUUUACAAACAGCGAAGUAGGUUAGAGUUAUUAAUAAGUAUGCGUGAAGAUGCGAGGGGACGAAGGCGCAGCGCCCGGGCGCGCCGUCGUCCGUCUCGGUGGGGACUUGCCAAAACUUUCCGUCCGAAGCUCCGCGCGGCCGCCGCGUCGCCGCCGGCCGCCCGCGACAGUGCCUUAGCGGCAACCGCAAGCCGCACCAUGCCGCACCACGCCGUAUCACGCCGCAUCCUCCAGCACCCACACCGGCAAACCACGCCUCCACACCAUGUGACUCAAUUCACACACCCUUACCCUUAUCAUUGUAUUCUUAAGAAUAAUAGCAUUUGUACAUUGUUAUGAGAUCCAACAAAAAUUUUGCUUAAUAUUCAAAAUUAACCCUCUCAUUUUCUGAAAAACUCUUUACAUUUUAUUGCUCAUCAAACAUAAUACAAUAUCUCGUACUAUAUACUCGUAUCCAGGGCCGAAUUAACUUUGAGGUAGAGUACCCAUCUAUCAAGGCUGCAGCCACAAAAGUAAUUCAUAAUACUGUGAAUUUUUAUCUGUCACUGUUUUACAUCUUUACAGUCUGGAAUAGAUCUCCAUCUCUCUUUCUUAUGAUACAAUAGACAAAGAUAGAGACAGAUUCGAAACUCACACUGUCGAAUCAUCAACCCAUCGUUACAGAAUAACUACUCUAAAUGACAAUAGGUAUUAUGGCUUUCUUCUCAUCUCACAUACUCUGGCUUUUAAUGGUAUUAUAUCUAUUACCUAUUGAAAAAAAAAACAUUUCAAUGAGCCUACAUAAAUCUCCUACAGUGAGUUCCUGAGUAGGUACAUAAACAUAAUUUCAGUGAUGCUAUUGAUGCCAUUAGUCAGAGUAUCAACUUGCAAAAUGGUUGAAAAGGGACCCUACAUGGCCUAAGGGCCCCGACUUGGAUAAUCCGGCCCUGCUCGUAUCAUUAAAAUUCAUCAGAUGAAAUGGUUUGGGCGGGCGGCGGGCGCGCCACGCGACGGCUGCUAGGGACGGGCCUCGCCGCGUCACUCAGCGAGCAUGCCUUUAGAUUGAGUGGUGUUAUUAAUGUCAAGUCGAACGUAACUGGCAAUAAACUAGUUUAGAUUAAGGUAUUAUUAAUUCUAGGUUAGUGAGGUGAGCACGAGGUGCUCGGAUGAAAUGGGUAUUCGAAAAGCAAUAAUAAUGUAGUUUAAUGAAGUCGCGCACCGCUGUCAAAUAGACGCAGCAGACUUAACUUAUAUCCCCGUAGCGUUCCGUAGCUCUCGUAGACAUCGUCGGCUAUGCAACGGCAAAACCUAACAACUAACAACGCUACAACGCUCAAGCGGUUAACCGCAGGGGCGGCUAACAGCUUUUCCAGAUUAAUAUUCAGCCGCUUACAUUUGUUUGGCAAUUAGGUGCGUAAAAUGACAACCGUUUGCACAUAAAAUUGGAAAAGCGGCUAGCCGCGCGGUUAGCCGCGAGUUUAGCCGCCCCCGCGGUUAAUCGCUAGUGCGUUAUAACUAACGUGGAUCAAAAAGGUGUAACCAAUUUUUAGGUGGUGUUCGAUUAAAUCUAUGAUUGUUUUUAAUUUAUUACACGUAAAUAAGGCCAACAAUUUAUGAAUAUAUUUUCGUCAGAUCUCCAGAAAAAGUGAUUCAUAUAUAUACCUUGAAUUAAUCGAAAUUAAACUACGUAGGUAUUUUUAAACCUGAUAUCUCUAUCUCGAUCUCAAUUAAUAAUAAUAAAUACCUUAAUCAUAAAACAACCAGUAUCUAGACUUACAACAAUCUAGUCAGAUUUAAUCAAUCACCUCAAAAUUGGUUGGUCACAUAUCUAUGUGAACAAUUGUUAGGAUUUGUUUAGAGACGUGCUUCGCCGACGUAAAUCUAUAGCAUUAGUUGAAGCCUCGCGAGUCAAUUCUUUAUCGGUGAAUUUAAUUUAACCCUGUCAAUUAAAAAAUCCUCUAUGAAGAAGUUCCUCUAUAAAUUAAAUCACUCACCAAAUAGCUGUACACAAGCUUUCUUUGAACUGAACUACAAAUUACCAAAUAAAAAAAAUCAUAGAAUAUUACAACAUUAAGAGAUGAACGAGAUAAAAAAAAAUCACCGGGCUGUAUAUGAAUUUAUUUUAUUCAUUUAUACUUUAUUGCACAAAAAAACAAUAACAAAGGAAGUAGCAGAAAAUAGUGUUAAAACUUGAUUUUAUUUAUUAACUCUUCUAUAUUACAGAAAGAUAUAAAAAAACCUAGGUAACAGUACUAUAUAGAUCAAGCAAUAUAAACUAAACCUUUAUGAAUCCAUACAUUUACAGACUUUCAGAGAACAGGGCAAACUUCUAGUAAAAACGAAUAAAAAACACGUGAAAGUUUCAAUCGUUUGCGUUUUCAUCCAGAUAAUAAACCAUGUUCAGUUUUAGUAUACGUUUUUUAAAAGUUUCAUAACAUAAAUAAAUCAUGUCGCCAAAAUUACAGGCUUGUGAAAAGUUAAAGUAGAAAAGUUAAAUUAACUAGAGUCCGGCCGCUCAGUGAUUAUGCUUUCGACAGUUAGUGAUCGAAUGGACGAUGGAACUUUGGACUGGCGACCUUAAAAAUUAUGCCAACUUACAAUAAACGUAUUUCCAAUUUUGGGAUAAAAUUAUUAACAAUUAUAGAAACAAUACGAAUUGACAGGUGAUAGGAACGCAAUCUCUGAGCAGCCGGACUCAAAAUUGAUUUUUUGUGCUUUAAGUUUAUAAUCUGUAUUUAAAGAAAUGCCCAACUUCGUCCAUCUCUUUUAUGUUGUCUGCUACUAAUAUCAGUAAAACGUCAUUUCCUUAGUUUUGUCACUUAAGAGUCGUGUAUCAAUUAAAAUUGUAGUGCCAUAGAUAUUUUAUAUUACUUAACUUAUUUGUAAGUAAUAAUUUAUUUACACAAAAGCUUGACCAGACAAAGGUUGCGCGGAGAAAAAGCAAUAAAUUGUUAAUGAAUAAGCAAUAUUACGGUAGAAUUUACGUAGUUUAUAUUCAUCGUUUAUUGAUAUUUGGUAGAUGUUUUGGUGCUUCGAGGUAAUUUAUAAAUUGAAAAAAAAAAAAAUGAAAAAACGAAAUUGACAUCGAAUAUUAUGUAAUUUAUAUUAUAUUGUGAUAUUGUUUGUCGAAAUUGAAUUAUUGUACGUUAUACUUUACAUAAUAUUAUUAGUUCUAUUGGUCUGAGAUUCCGAACCAUAAUUACCUUUCCUCAAAGAAACUUUGUAGAAUGACAAUUUGAUAAUAUUAUAAUAUAAAACUAUCGAAAUUUUAGUUAAAUUCUUCUUAAAAGGCAUGCUAAAAUACCAGCAAUCCCAGGUCAUUUCUUUAUUAAAACUAUAACAUAAUAACUGUAUUUAUAUGAAUUUCAUCUUCGAGAAAGGGUCAUUGUGGAUCGUGAUCUGGUACUAUCUUACCUACUCAAAUAUCUUACUCUCUCGUAAAUUUCAUGCCAAUCGUAUAGAACCUAGUGUUUGUCCUCUUAAACGUAAUCCUUCAAUUUAUCCUUGUAAUAAUAUUAAUUAUCUAUUUAGCCACAUUUUGUCUUUGUAGUAAAUGCUAAAGUAUUGGCUUUUGAAAAUUAAUCGAAGAAAUUUAAUUCAAAUAUUUAUACUAACGUUAUUAUAGUUGUAGUGAUUAUACAUUAAGUUAGUUUUAGUGUAACAAUAUUAAUGAAACCAAUUUAUAUACAAAAAUAUAUACCUACUAAUAUUUUAAUGUAAAUAUAUUCCAUCGUGUACCAAAUUCCCUUCUUUACAAUUAUAGAAGUAGUAUUAUAAUCUCUAUUAUAAUUAACGGUAGGAUAUAGUGUUAAUGAGACCAAUGCGUCGAAACAAUUACUUUCAUUAAGCAAAUAAGAGUAAGUGUCGCCGCACACGGGCUACACGCGACAGCCACAAACGCCGCUACAAGAAGCAAGAAGGGGCCACAAAAGUAGGUGAAGCGCGCGACAGCCACUUGUGGCCGGUCGUCGACACUUGUGGUCGGUGAUUGUUACUUUUUUAACCCAUACAUGCAGUAUACAAUCGCGCGCGUGUGGCGGCGUUUAGUGGCGGCGAGUCCAUAUAAAAUGUAUAAAAACUACAGGAAAUAUACCGGUGGCGGCGUUUUGUGGUUGUGGCCGGUGGCCCGUGUGCGGGAGCCAUUAAGGUCAGUUUAGACAUAUCGUGGUUAGAUAUAUAAGAGCAGUUUUUGCCCACUAUCCCCAACAGUGUAUUCCGUAACAAUUUCGGAGUUAUAUGUACAAACUGUAAGUGUAUAUACAGCCUUUAUAAAACCGUAUAGUAUAUGUAGUGUGCUUGCAUCCAAAAAUGUUCGAAUACACUGACCACGACCAGGAACGUAUUUGAAUGAAUUCAUACAAUGGAAUAUAUAUUUACCUCCGUCCUUGAUGGAAUGAAGUACACUGAACCAACAUUAAGUAGACCCAGAUAUGUCUAAAUAGAUCUAUUUGAACUAGAAACUUUUGUGAAAUUCGUUAAUUGUUGGAUUGAGAAGAUAUUUUUUAUAUUCGUUUCGAAUGGUAAUUAAUAGUCGUUAUUAUUACAAUUCUUCCAUCUAUUUCAUCAUUUCAUCACCAUGUAACUCAUCUAAGCGAAGUUUCAUGAUAUUUCACAGUUUUUAGGAAUGUGGGCAGUCCGAUCGAGCUAUUUCACAUAUUUCGUCACUUUCAGUUAUUAGCAUAGAACAUAACUAUAGUACGAAAUGAAAAGGAUUUUUUAUAAUUAUAUAGAUUAAAUAAACUAAAACAGAAUUUCAGUGAUAUGAUAAAAGUAAGAUUGUCCAAAUUAGCAAUACAUAUAAGCAAUACUAAUUAUAUGAUCUUAUGUAAUAAAUUACCUACUAUAUAUAUAUAUAUAUACUAUAUAUAUAUUUAGCAUAUAGUUUAACAUAAUUCCUUGAAAGCAAUAUAAAUAUAAGUAUAUAAUAAGAUAGAUCUUAGUAAUGUAGGUAUAAACUAUGUUUUGACUAAAAUAUAAAACUUUUCGUGGCUAAUGAGUAGACUGCAAAACGUGAUAUACAUUUAUUUGUUCUUAGAAAAUCAAUUUAAAGCAGAAACAAAGCGAGUAUUAAAGAGAAAUAUUUUGAUUAUUAAGUAUAUUGGAAGGUUAUUUUAUUAAUUUGGUGACAAAAGUCAAAAGGACUGGCAUCUUUAUCGAUAGCAAGGAUCAGUUUGACGGUAGAAAUUAUUUUAUUUAAUAAAUAAACACAGAAUAAAGAAUGAUACAGAAUGAGUCUAUACAGGCAGCGCGGUGAAACCCAAAAAAAAAAACAAAAUUUUCUUGAAAUUCGCAUAUAUAAACUUUUUUCAUAAUUUGUAUUUCAAGAUUUAACACUAACAACAAUUACGUAAAUUGAUAUCUUAUAAGACUAAAUAUCAAU